AUGGCCGACAAGCAGGAGAACUACGCACGCACAGCGACCGUCGAUCUGACGGUGCAGCACGAGAAGGCCUACCAGCGCCAGACGGCCGUCAAUGAGAACAUUCGCACGGCCUCGAAGAAGCACGUGAACCGCAGCGGGCACAUUCGUUACUCCAAGAAGAUCGGUCUCGGUUUCGCCACGCCCAAAGCUGCCAUCAACGGAAAGUACAUUGACCGCAAAUGUCCCUUCACGAGCAAUGUGUCCAUUCGUGGCCGUAUCCUCCGUGGCGUAGUGCACUCCACAAAGAUGCGCCGUUCCAUUGUCAUCCGCCGUAACUACCUGCACUUCAUCCGUAAGUACCAGCGUUACCAGAAGCGCCACCGCAAUAUUACCGUCCACUGCAGCCCCUGCUUCGAUCCGAAGCCUGGUGAUGAGGUGGUGGUUGGACAAUGCCGCCCGUUGAGCAAAACAAUCCGCUAUAACGUGCUGCAGGUCGUCUCCAAGUCCGCCGCCGAUAAGAUGGGGAAGAAGUUUUCCAAGAACUGA